AUGCCCAAGCCUCUCGCUUCAGGGCAUCAGGCCACGUCAUCUCAGCUUCACCACCAAUCCAGCCCUUCUUCCACCACCACCUCCAAUCACCGCCUCCUCCCGCCCCUUCGUACCGCUCUCGCGUCAACUUCAUCGUCUCUGCCUUCGCGAUCCACCCUGCCACCGCCCCUCUAUCCUCUAUCCAGCGCCUCGCCUCGUCCAGACCCUUCUGCCUAUCCUCAUUCCAGCUACCUCGCCAAUCGACCCUCUUCACCCUACUCGACCCCAGCCCAGCGUCACGUUGCCAGUCCACGCAUCACACCCACCUCCGCUUCGAAUCCUCCGCACACGCUUUCACCGCCCACCAACAUGUCGUCCGCCUCGGAUCCUACUGCUUCUUCCGCACAGGCUGCCAACGACGCCUCCAAGAAAAAGUCCACAAAGAAGGCCGUCUCCUGCGAACCAUGUCGUCGCCGCAAACUCAAAUGCGACCGCGGCUGGCCCUGCGGCGCUUGCCGCGAUCGCAACGAGUCGAGCAAGUGUGAGUGGGCAGAGGGCGUCCGUCCACAGACUACCGGCCGCGACACCGGAGACGCAUCCCAAACGAACGACCGUCUCGACCGUCUCGAAGCAAUGAUGGGCGCCAUCGCCGCUUCCCUCGGCGUCGAUCUGCCCGGCACAAAAAACUCGCCUGCCUCGGCCACCCUCACUCCAGGCGUUGCACAACGCAAGUACUCCUCUUCCAGCUCCCUCUCCACCAAUCCGGGCAGCGCCAAUGCAUCCACCUCCAAACUAUCCACCCUCGCCGAACUCGGCGCCAGCGAGGCCAACCGCGCUGCCCUCGCCGCCACCUCCACUCGACCCGACGAUGCACAGCCAUCCUACGGCAUCGGCCCCAUCUCCUGGGGGUUCGGCUUCGGCAUCUCCCAAACCAGCCAAGUCUCCUCGGAGGAGCUUACGCGCAGGACGCUCUUCGAGCUCUUCAAGCUCCUCCCCGACAACAGCACCGUCCGUGCGCUCACCGACUUCUACUUCCGCGAGCUCUCCUGGAUGGCGCACCUCCUGCCCGAAGAGACUUUCCGCAAACGCCUCCGCAACAUCGAAGAGCAGCGCCUCUUUUGGGACGGCCGCCCCGACGCCUACCGCUACGAAGAGAUGCGCGACUCGCUGCGCCUCGUCGCCACCAUCCACGCACUCUGCGGCGCCGUGCUCGUGUUUGGCGAGCCCAUCGAAGCUGACUCGCUCCCGGAAAAGUACGGCAAGCAGGCCUUCACCAUCUUCCUCGACGCCGCACAGCACGCCCUUUCCAUGCUCGACAUCUACGAGGAGCUCCACAUCGACAACGUCCGCACCAUGAUCCUGCUCAGCUCGUGCCUCAGUGCGCUCAAGGGCCCCGCCGUCGGCUCGGCCAUGAUCGCCAAUAUCUGCUUCAUGGCCUACGCGCUUCAGCUCGACGUCGAGCCGCCCAAGUCGCUGCCGUUCGAAGAGCGCAAGGACCGCAUCAGCCUCUUUGCCACCAUCUGCAUCCAGGACUGGUUUUCCGCCGGCAACGUCAAACGCAGCUACAUGAUCGACCCGGCCAACACCAGCCUGCCCUCGCUCUUUGGGCCCGACGCCGACACGAACGACAUCAUCGCCGUGCCCAUGCGCUACAAGCUCAAGCUCAGCGACGUCUCGCGUCGCGCCAGCCAUCGCAUCCGCAUGAGCGAGGACGAGGCGUACGAGUUCACCAAGCAGCUUCACCAGGAGGUCGUCGCCAUCGAGGCCUCCAUUCCCGAGCAUCUGCGCUUCGACGAGUCGCUCAUCGACUCGGACGACCCGGACAACCCGGAGCGCUGGCAUCGUAGCGCCAUGGCGCUCGCCGUGCAGAUGCAGCUGCUCACGCUGCACAAGCGCUUCUAUGUGCAGUCGUGGUCGAAUCCAAAGUACAAGGAGUCGCGCGACAUUAGUUUUGCGGCGUCCAUGCUGAUCAUCAAGGUCUUCCGCAACGCGUUCAAGUGGUUCACGCCGCGCGAGAAUGCCACGCUGGACGAGCAGCGCGCCAUGAUCGGCGAGGGCAUGCGCACGCAGCACAACUCGGUGUCGCGGCUCUGGUUCUUUGCGCAGAUGUCGAUCAUCUCAUCGCUCGUGCUGAUCCACUUUGUAUCCAUGCUCGAUACGCAUCCGCAAGAGUCGUGCGACUGGGAUAGCUCCGAACUGCGCGCGCAGAUCACGGACGAUCUCAAGUUCGUGAGGCUGCUGUUGCAGGCGUUGUCGAGCAAGUCGAAGCUGGCUCUGGAUGGGGCGCGUGCGAUUCAGCCACCCGAGUCGAACCGGAACAAGCGCAAGGCAGACGAGGCAGUGGGUCCUGCGGGUGGUGUUCGAGGCGGUGGGCCGUUGGGAAGCAGGUCGAUGGACAGUCUACCGAUUCGCAAUCCGAGCUGGUAUUCGGCAUCGUCGGGAUACUCGAAUGGGUCUACGCCUGGAUUGGCACAGCGCACACCGCCUGCGUACAACUCGCCCGGCUCGAGCAGCAAUAGCUCGCACAGUCUGGCGCAUUCUUCCGAACUUGCUCGUGCCAAGUUGCCCUUUGAUGGGCAAGUUGCACCUGUGACGGCGAAUUCGUUUGACGACAUUGAAGCGCUGUGGCAGAAGCAACCGUGGCAAACCGCCUCGUUGCGCAUGGGAACUUCUCCCGCCAACCAAGCCAUGAACCGCGGCAAAACACGUGCUGCAUCCGGAAGCAAUGUAGUAGGAGGGUAUCAGGGAGGACAGAAGGCUGUUGGGGUGGGUAGUGAGGGGACACCGGACUGUCCGUAUAUCAACGCGAGCUUCUUUGGCCCCGAUGCGAGUUUCAACGAUCUCGCAAGGGCCGAAGCGGCAAUUGGACGACAGGAUGCUAGUUUCGGCUACCCCGUCGCACCGCUCAGCCCCUUUACGGCGUCGUUUAUCAAUUCGCUCGAUCAGUACGUGGCGAGUCUGGAGGAGCCGUUGCCGUCAAGUGGCCCUGCGGUCGUGGCGAUGCCCAGUGCAUCCGGCAGCUUGGCCAUGCCGCAAAGCCAUGCACUCGUCCAGGCGAACAAUGAUGCGGGCACGGGUGCCUAG